UGAGUACAUGCCUGAGUUUGCCAAAAACAAAUUAAAAAUAAAUAAAUAAAUUGUGUUAUGGCUUUUCCCAAUCCAUCGCCAAUGUCUCAAGUGUUCAUCAACUUCGGAGGGGAUGACUUAAGAUGCCAAUUUCUUCCCCAUCUCAUGAGCGAGUUCAAAACGAAACAGAUCUGUAUAGACGUAGAGAAGAGAAGUGAUGAUUUUGCAGAAACUGUCCAGUCAAUCAAAGAGUCGAAGAUUGCGCUCGUGAUAAUCUCAAGCAUGUACACUAAUUCGUCAUGGUGCUUGAACGAGUUAGUGGAGAUCACACGACGGGUAGAGGAAGGCAAACUCGUGGCGAUUCCCAUCCUCUACAAGGUGGAUGCAUCCGUGGUGAAAAGGCUUGAGGGAGAUUUCGGUCUUAAUUUGUGGAAUCACGUGAAGCGUACUUCUGAAUUCGAUAAUCUUAAGAAAUGGAAAGAAGCUUUGGAUUUUAUAUUACACAAGUUAACUUUGGUGUUACGUGAAAACAGUGACGAGCCCCAGUUUAUCACUCGCAUCGUCAAGGAAGUCAAGAGACAACUGAUCCGAAUUUCAACUGAUCAAUUCAAAAAGAUACCUGACCAGCAGGAAAAAUAUGCGUUGACGGACGCUUGUUUCUCGAGGUCGAAGGAGCCUAAAACCGUAGACAAUGAAACUGACGUAAAUCCAGCGAAAACAGAAUUUAAUGGAAAAUCAAGGAAGGAUGAAAAUCUACCUGAUGAAGGAAACGAUGACGCAACCCCUAACUUGCAGAAUAUCGUUGAACGCAGAAGUGUUGAUUCAGCCAAGGAAGAAAAGAAGUAUGUACAGGUUGGGGAAGGCUCUACCAUGGGGAACUACGACAAACAUGUACCACAACAUCAGGUGUUCAUCAAUUUCCAAGGGGAAGAUGUCCGUUUCGGCUUCGUGAGCCCAUUGGUUUCUGCCUUGUUAGAUAAAGGGAUCAAGGCUUUUAUAGACAAAGAUGAAAGGAGAGGUGAAGAAGAAGAUAUCGGCAAACUUUUCAAGAAGAUCAAGGAUUCCAAAAUUGCGCUCGUGGUGUUCUCGAGCAGCUACUCGGAAUCAACAUGGUGCUUAGACGAGCUGGUGAAGAUCAAAGAAUGCAUGGACGAAGGCAAGCUUAAAGUCAUUCCAAUCUUCCACAAAGUGGAGCCAUCAGAGGUGCAACAGCUAAAUGGAGAUUUUGGUUGUAAGCUUUGGAAUUUGUGGAGGCUUCACCACGACCACCGUAUCAUUAAAUGGAUGGAGGCUUUGGAGUCUGUUGCGUCCAUAAAGGGCAUCAAUUCGCAGGAGCACAUUUCUGAGAGCGAGUUAAUCACUGUCACCGUAAAGGAAGCCCUAGAGACAAUAUCGAUCUGGGAAGGAGAAAUCACUGAAUUGCCCACAGAAAAAGAAGAAAAGCAUGAAACUUAUCUUGACCAGCACCACCUCUUUGGAAUGGAGCAACGCAUGGAGCACUUGGAGAAGAAGUUAGAGUUCGAUUGCAACGAAACUCGAAUUAUAGGAGUUGUUGGUAUGCCUGGUAUUGGUAAAACCACUCUCGCAAUGAUGUUGUACGAAAAGUGGAACUGCAAGUUUAUACGUUGCUUGCCUCUUCUGGGCAUCCGUAAGAAGUCGGAGGACCAUGGGACGGUGUGGCUGAGAAAGACACUCCUGGAAGUAUUACUCGAGGGAAAGUUUCCAGUGAUAAGUGACAAGACAACACAAGAAUCCGUGAAGGAUAAACUGCUUCAGGCUAAAGUUUUUGUUGUUCUCGACGAUGUGACUGACAAGAAACAGUUGGAGUUUCUCCUGGGUGACCUUGGCUGGAUCAAGAAGGGAAGCAAGAUUGUCAUUACAACAUGUGACAAGUCAUUGAUUGAGGGAUUGGCUCAUGAUGCUUAUGUGGUGCCGGUGUUGAAUGAUAGAGAGGCCUUUCAGCUCUUUAAUUAUCAAGCCUUUGAUGAUCAAAUCUGUAGUCCCACCGAUACCUUCUUGACGCUCUCUAGAAGGUUUUUGGAUUAUGCUCGAGGACUCCCACUGGCUCUCAUUUUACUUGGUAAGGAACUUCGUGGGAAAGACAAGGCUCACUGGGAACAUAAAUUGGUAACACUGACAAGUUCCAGUAUGAUGUUUCAAGAUGUCUGGCGAUUUUCUAUUGAUCAACUUAAUGAGCGGCAGAAAGAUGUGUUUCUAGACAUAACGUGCUUCUUCAACUCAGAGGAUGAGUAUUUUGUAAGGAGUUUACUAGAUUCAGGAGAUCCUGACAACAUUAAUACUGUGAGUGAAGUAAGAGAUCUCGCCAACAAGUUCCUGAUUACAAUCUCUGACAGCCGAGUACAGAUGAAUGAUCUGUUGUAUACGUUCGGCAAGGACCUUGGUUCUCCUCGGUGGCUUAGGCUUUGGAACUACGAAGAUUUCAUGACCGAGCUAAAGACAUUGAAAAAAUCAGAUGCCAAUAAUGUAAGGGGUAUAUUCUUAGACAUGUCAAAGUUAACGACGAGGGCCUACAUGGACAGAUUAGCCUUCACUGAUAUGGGCAAUCUUCUAUACCUCAAGAUAUACGAUUCUUGUUGUCCUCAGCACUGUAAAGCUGACUCGAACUUAUAUUUUCCGGAUGGGCUUUGUUUUCGUUUGGAAAAGGUUAAAUAUCUCGAUUGGCUGAAAUUUCCUUUGCAGGAACUUCCAUCAGACUUCAGACCUGAGAAUCUUGUUGACUUGAGGCUGCCUUACAGUAAAAUUGAACGUGUUUGGAAAGGUGUUAAGGAUACACCACAGUUGAAAUGGGUAGAUUUACGCCACUCCAGUAAGUUGCUUGACUUGUCAGCAUUGGCAAAUGCUGAAAAUCUGCAGAGAUUAAAUCUUGAAGGCUGCACAAAUUUGGAUAAGUUGCCAGAGGACAUGCAGAAUAUGAAGUCUCUCGUCUACCUAAACAUGAAAGGAUGCAUAUGUCUUGGAUCUCUUCCAGAGAUAAAUUUAAUUUCUCUGAAAACUCUCAUCCUUAGCGGCUGCUUAAACCUAGAGGUAUUUUCGGUUAUCUCUGAAAAUUUAGAAAUUCUACAUCUAGAUGGAACAGCAAUCAAGGAGCUUCCUCCAGCCAUCAAGAAGCUCCAAAAGCUUAUCUUGUUAAAUUUGAAGAACUGCAAAAUGCUGAAGUGUCUCCCUAAAUGUCUUGGUGAACUGAAAGCUCUUGAAGAGCUGAUACUUUCUGAUUGUUUGGGGAUUGAGAAUGUAAAGGAGAUCAUGAAACAUCUCCAGAGUUUACUUCUUGACAGAAUUGGUGCAAAAGAGAUGCCAACGAUAUUGGGCGUCACUAAAUCCAAAGAGCAAGCUUCUGCAGAUUUGUUGGUAGAAUCUAUUGGCCUGAGAAAAUGGCCAGUUGAUGUUAGUGGAAUAUCCAAACUGCAACGUCUAAGUUUGAGCGGAAAUGAUUUUGUCUACCUUAAAAAAGACAUUGGGCAACUUUAUAAUCUAAAAUGGCUUGAUGUGAAGCAGUGCAAGAAACUGAGGUCUAUUCCAAUGCUUCCACCAAGACUUCAGUACUUUGAUGCUUGUGGUUGUGAUUCACUGGAAACAGUUGCAAAUCCUCUGGCCUUUCCAAUGUUGUCUGAGCAGAUUCAGGCCACAUUCAACUUUACCAACUGCAUCAAGUUGGAUGAAUACGCAAAGGAUAGUAUCAUGUCAUACACACGCUGGAGAAGCCAAUUAGCACUAGAUGAAUUCACUCUUUACAAUGAGAGUUCUAUUUUGGAAGCUUUUACUGGAACUUGCUUUCCUGGAUCAGAAGUACCGGCAUGGUUCAGUCACCAAGCAUCUGGAUCAGUGUUGGAGCCAAAGCUGCCUCCACACUGGAGUGACAAUAGGUUAACUGGAAUAGCUAUGUGUGCUGUUAUCUCGUUUAAUGGCUUCUAUGAGCAGAAGAGUCGAUUUGUAGUUACAUGUAAUUGUGUGUUCAAUGGUAAAGAUGGAUCGUGUAUCCGAUUUAGUUGCACUGUUGGCAGUUGGAGCAAACCAAGAGACACACCAGGGAUGAUUGAACCGUCUCAUGUCUUUAUUGGUUACACCAGCAUAUUGGAUAUCAAGAAAUAUGGCGAGGAUAAAGAUGAAGAGGGAUGUAGUCAUACCAAGGCUUCAUUUGAAUUUCAAGUGACAGAUGGUACGGAUGUGUUAGAAGGUUGUGAGGUGUUGAAGUGUGGCUUUAGUUUGGUCUAUGCAACCGAUGAAAGGGAGAAUAUAGGUUGGGAUGGAAAGACUGAUUCUAGUGGGCGUGUAGAUAUGCAUGAUCAAUUGUAUACAUUGGGAAAGGACCGUUCUUAUCAUAGGUGUUAUUGGCUAUCUAACUACAAAGAUUUCGACAAGCUAACAAAAAUGAAACAGCAGGAUGCUAAUAAUGUGGAAGGUAUUUUCUUGGACAUGAAUGAAUUAACAGAGAGUGUUGCCUUGGAAUGUAUGACCUUCACUGGUAUGGGCAAUCUUGUAUACCUCAAGAUAUACAAUUCUUGUUGUCCUCGGCACUGUAAAGCUGACUCAAACUUAUACUUUCCGGAUGGGCUUGACUUCCGUUUGGAAAAGGUUAAAUAUCUCGAUUGGCUGAAAUUUCCUUUGCAGGAACUUCCAUCAGACUUCAGACCUGAGAAUCUUGUUGACUUGAGGCUGCCUUACAGCAAAAUUGAACGUCUUUGGGAAGCUAUUCAGGAGUUUCAGUUAAUUUCUGAAAGUGUAGAAGUUCUACAUUUGGAUGGCACAACAAUCAAAGGACUUCCUCCGGCUAUACAGCACCUCCAGAGACUUGUUGUAUUGAAUUUGAAAAACUGCAAAAUGCUGGAGUGUCUUCCUAAAUGUCUAGGCACUCUGAAGUUUCUUGACGAGCUAACACUUUCUGGCUGUUCCAGGCUUAGGAAUCUUCAAGAUGUCAGAAAUAGCUUAAAGCAUCUCCAGAUUUUAAAUUUUGAUGGGACAGGAGCAAACAAGAUGCCAAGCAUAUCGUGCUUCAUUGGAUCUGAAGACCCAGCUUCUACAGAUACUUUACCUUUCGGGUUAUAUUCCACCCUGAGAGAAUGGCCUGGUGUUAAUGGAGUAUCCUCGCUACGACAUUUAUGUUUGAGUGGAAAUAAUUUUCUUAGCUUGGAACCUGACAUUUGGAAGCUUUGCAAUCUAAAAUGGCUGGAUGUGAAGCAGUGCAAGAAGCUGAGAUUUGUUCCAAUGCUUCCACCAAGACUUCAGUACUUUGAUGCUCGUGGCUGUGAUUCACUAGAAAGAGUUUCAAAUCCUUUGGCCUUUCCGAUGUUUUCUGAGAAGAUCCAUGCCACAUUCAAUUUUUCCAAUUGCAAUAAGUUGGAUCAAGACGCAAAGAAUUCUAUCAUAUCCUAUGCUCGGUUGCGAAGCUACUUAAUGCUAGAUGAACUUAAUUGUUACAAUGAGGGUUCCAUUUUUACUGAAACUUGCUAUCCUGGAUGGGAAGUACCGGCAUGGUUUAGUCACCAAGCCUCUGGACCGACAUUAAAGCCAAAGCUGCCUCCACAUUGGAACAACAACAGAUUUACUGGAAUAGCUUUGUGCGCUGUUAUCUCAUUUCCUGACUGCCAUGAGCAGAAAAACACUCUCUUAGUGAAAUGUAACUGUGUGUUAAAUAAUGAAGACGGGUCUCAUAUCUGUUUUAGUUGCACUAUUGGCAGUUGGAGCAAAUCAAGUAAUACACCUGACGUGAUUCAACCGACUCAUGUCUUUAUUGGCUAUUCCAAUACGUUUGAUAUGAAGAAAGGUAACGAGGAAGAUGAAGAGGGAUGUAGUUAUAUUGAGGGUUUGGUUGAAUUUCAAGUAACAGAUGGUACAGAAGUGUUAAAAGGUUAUGAGGUGCAGAAGUGUGGCUUUAGUUUGUAUGAUAACAUCGAUGAACCGCAGGAUAACUCUAGAGUAUGCAGAGCCCUUGUUGAAUCAAAUCACAACAUAGCCUAUUCAAAAACAGUGGCGAUCUCAAAUGUAAGAAGAGAAAGCGAAACAGCAGAGAGAUCACUAGCCGAGGGGCAUGAAAUCGCUACCAGUUCCCAACCACCUAUCACUAAGUCUCAAGUAUCCCCGCCUAAAUGUGAAACCGAAUUGAACAAUUUGGGAAGAGAGAGAUACGUUCGAACAUCUGAUGUGGACACCCGGUUGUCUGCAGAACCCGAACAACACAACACAGAUUUGAGGAUAGAGGAGUCGAAAAUCGCACUUGCCAUCUUCUCCAAGAGGUAUAUCGAGUCAGAUUUUUGCUUGAACGAGCUAGUGACAAUGGACAAGCUUGCAAAGGAAGGCAAACUCGUAGUGAUCCCCGUAUUCUACAAUGUGAGAUCAAGCGAUGUGAAAAACCUCAAGGGAGAAUUUGGUAGAUAUUUCGAGGAGAUGAGAGUCAGAUACAAGGACGAACCCGAGAAAGUCUUCUUGUGGGAGACUUCCGUGAAGUCCAUAGCAAAGACAAUCGACAAACACUCGGAACUUAACGGCGAAGAUGCCCCUCUUGUUGAAGCGACUGUUCAGGAAGUUCAAAGAGCGCUACGAAAUACAGUUGAAGGAAAUCCCAAGUCACUGGGAGGAGGAAAUAUGGCGAUUGACCAUGGUUUCGCCUUUAUUAUGGUCUUCCUCAUGUGUCUCUUCACAUAUCCUUUGCCUUCCAUUGAUGAAUUUUUUUUUUCCACUGGUAAGUGGUUAUUGGAUUUUCUGCUUUUGGCUGUUGGUGUUGUUUGUGGCCACCUGAAAAUUUUCGGUUGGAGAGGCCAGAAGGAACAAUCGUCAGACAACAACAACAUAUGCAAGUACUGGUUUGGCACAUUUCUUUACAGUGCAUGGCUCGUGUAUUCUAUGCUCUAUUUCUCUAAUAUAAUUAGAAGGAUGACCAUGUAUUACUACUAGGUGACUAAAAAACUCCUGGACAUGGAGGUCCUGGACAUCUUUGCUUUUCAGUUGUAACAAUGAACAUAUUUAUUUUCAGUCUUAUUUAUUCUCAGUCUCUUCCUUGUGCUAGAUUGCUAGUUGCUUAUUUAUCAAUGUGGUGUUUUUAUAAAGAAUUUGCGCUCCAAAGUAAGGAAUAAAUCGAUAUUUAGC